GGAGAUAAAUCAGUUUGUGAUUCGAUUCAUUGGGAUAACAUCUAAAUAUCAAAAUAGUAGCAAACAAAUAUGGCUCGCUUUGUGUGCUCUCUGCUCGUUGUGGUGCUCCUGGGCGCCGUUCUGGUGCGCGGCUUUGACGAGAAGGAGGCCAUGGCCAAGAUGAUGGAGGCCGCGGAGGGCUGUCUGGGCGAGGUGGGCGCCAAAGACACUGAUCUGCAGGAUCUGGUCAAGAAACAGCCGGCCACCACCUACGAGGGCAAGUGCCUGCGUGCCUGUGUGAUGAAGAAGUUUGGUCUGCUCGAUGGCAACGGAAAGCUGGACACUGCCGCCGGACACGAGAAGGCCAAGCAGUACACCGGCAACGAUCCUGCCAAGCUAAAGAUUGCCAUGGAGAUUGGUGAUAUCUGUGCGGCCAUCAAUGUGGCCCCUGACCAUUGCGAGGCUGCCGAAGCCUAUGGCGCCUGCUUCAAGAGCGAGGCCAUCAAGCAUGGCUUGAUGUAAAGGAACCCUGCAAAAUGAUGGAACCGGACUUGAAGACCCGUACCCGGAGUGGCCACUCCACGAGAAAAUCUGUUUAAGUUUAAUGUAAUUCUUGGAGACAUAGUAAAUGAUGGCGUUUUAAAAAGCAAAGCA